GCUGUGCGCUUGGUUCACCUGGUCGGGCUGGGGGCGGGCGCCAGGUCUCGGCGGGAGGUCCCGAGUCAGCCUCUCCUGGGCGUCGGCGGGUAGCCCUUGCCAGCGCUUGCCAGCCGCAGCCCAGAGGAGUCGCCGCUGCUGCCACCGUGCGCCCCCAGCGAUCGCCCCCGGCUCGGCCGGAGUAACCUCUGCCCCGGUCUCUAGGCCCGCAGCCCUCCACGUGCGGGUCUGCUAAGCCGCACACCACCGGCUCCAGGAAAGGAGCAGACACCUGCAUUUGCCACAAUGCUCUCAUCCAGUGACUUUGCAUCUGCUUCUUGGGAUCUCAUGGUCCGAGUUGACCAUCUAAAUGAAGAGCAGAAAGAAGUCCAACUGAGUGUGUCUGGAGACCUGCAUAUUGGGGGAGUAAUGCUCAAGUUGGUAGAACACAUCAAUAUAGCCCGAGACUGGUCAGACUUUGCCCUUUGGUGGGAACAAAAGCAUUGCUGGCUUCUGAAAACACACUGGACUCUGGACAAAUGUGGAGUCCAGGCAGAUGCAAAGCUUCUCUUCACUCCUCAGCAUAAAAUGCUCCGCCUCCGCCUACCAAACAUGAAGACAGUGAGAUUGCGUGUCAGCUUCUCAGCUGUGGUUUUUAAAGCUGUCAGUGAUAUCUGCAAAACCUUGAAUAUUAGAAGAUCAGAAGAACUUUCCUUGUUAAAGCCUUCUGAUGACUAUUUUAAAAAGAAGAAGAAGAAAGACAAAAAUAACAAGGAGCCUGUAACUGAAGAUAUUUUAAACCUGGAGAGUUCUCCAACAACUUCAGGCCCACCAGUAGGUCCCGGCUUAUACAGUAAGACCAUGAUGCCCAUGUAUGACCCUGUCAACGGAACGCCAGCGUCAUCCACCAUGACUUGGUUCAGUGACAGCCCUUUGACUGAACAAAACUGCAGCAUCCUGGCCUUCAGCCAGCCCCCCCAGUCCGCAGAGGCGCUGGCUGAUAUGUACCAGUGUCGGUCUCUGGUCGAUAAAGCCAAGCUCAACGCAGGUUGGCUAGAUUCCUCGCGUUCCCUUAUGGAACAAGGCAUCCAGGAGGAUGAGCAGCUGCUGUUACGAUUUAAAUACUACACUUUCUUUGACUUGAAUCCCAAAUACGAUGCUGUCCGAAUAAACCAGCUCUAUGAACAAGCCAGGUGGGCCAUUGUCUUAGAAGAAAUUGACUGCACAGAGGAAGAAAUGUUGAUCUUUGCAGCACUGCAGUAUCACAUUAGCAAACUGUCGUCGUCAGCUGAAACACAGGAUUUUACAAAUGAGUCUGAGGUCGAUGAAGUAGAAGCAGCACUUUCUAAUUUGGAAGUGACCCUAGAAGGUGGAAAAACAGACAACACGUUGGAGGACAUUACUGAUAUCCCUACACUUGCAGAUAAUCUCAAAUUAUUUAGGCCCAAGAAGCUAAUAUUAAAAGCGUUCAAGCAAUAUUGGUUCGUCUUUAAAGACACAUCUAUAGCCUACUUUAAAAAUCGGGAACUUGAACAAGGAGAACCAAUAGAAAAACUAAAUCUUAGAGGCUGCGAAGUUGUGCCAGAUGUGAAUGUAGCUGGAAGAAAAUUUGGAAUCAAGUUACUAAUACCUGUUGCUGAUGGUAUGAAUGAAGUGUAUUUGAGAUGUGACCACGAGAAUCAGUAUGCCCAAUGGAUGGCUGCCUGCAUCUUGGCAUCAAAGGGCAAAACCAUGGCAGACAGCUCCUACCAGCCAGAGGUCCUCAACAUCCUUUCAUUUCUGAGGAUGAAAAACCGGAACUCAACUUCUCCAGUGGCUUCCAGUCUUGAAAACACAGACAUGAACCCAGAACAUUUUGUGUCACCUCGUUGUGCAAAAAAACACAAGUCCAAACAGCUAACAGCCCGGAUUCUGGAAGCCCACCAGAACGUGGCCCAGAUGUCCCUGGUGGAAGCCAAGCUGCGGUUCAUUCAGGCAUGGCAGUCUCUACCUGAAUUCGGCGUCACCUAUUACCUUGUCAGAUUUAAAGGAAGCAAGAAAGAUGACAUUCUGGGAGUUUCAUACAAUAGGUUGAUUAGAAUUGAUGCAGCCACCGGAAUUCCAAUUACAACGUGGAGAUUCGCAAAUAUGAAACAGUGGAAUGUAAAUUGGGAAAUCCGUCAGGUGGCAAUAGAGUUCGACCAGAACGUCUCCAUUGCGUUCACCUGCCUGAGUGCAGAUUGCAAGGUCGUGCAUGAAUACAUUGGUGGCUACAUUUUUUUGUCCACCCGCGCCAAGGACCAGAAUGAAACGCUCGAUGAGGACCUGUUCCACAAGUUGACUGGCGGUCAGGAGUGAAGCAAAGCAGACUUGCUUGGGCCUACACUCUGAGGGCAAGCCGAAGGUGGUCUUCCCCAGACAGUGGCAUCUGUGGUUUGCACAGUGCGUAGGUUCCAGCCUGACAGACAACCAGCAGCCACCCAGAUCCUCACCUCAUUUCAAACACACUGGCUUGCACACCCCUUUCUUUACGUUGCCCUAUGCAGUGGAAGAGGCCCCGGUUGCCUUUUUUGUCAAAUGGGAGAGCAGGAGAAAGGAGAACCUGCAAGUGUAUGGCUAGAAAUUUUCCCUGUGCUUAUCGGCCCCAUUGCUAUGCCAGCGUAGAAAACAGAAACUUCAAAAGCACACGUAGGGAGCACAAAUCUUAUUCCAAAAACUCAGGGAUGAAAAGAAGUAGGUCGUUCCUUAACAGAAGUGCUUUUAGCUUCCAUCUUGUGAAAAUGGCAGAGGGAGUCCACGCAAACACUUUUUCCCUGGAGGUCAAGGUCGAGAGGUGGAGAGGGUAGAGAUGGGGUUACCCCUACCCUAGGGAUAAGGGGUCAAAGCAGUUGCCCUCACUGUCAUCAGUCCACGGUGACUUCUGCCAAAGUAACCAUUGACAUAUUUGGUCUUGGACAUUGAUCCUCGAAGGUUACUGCUACCACCCACAAGUCCCAUUUCAUUCCUGGAGAUCCCUAAGCUACUUUUAAGUCCUUGAUGACAUGGGUGACACAGGUACAGAGAACCUGUAUAUUCCUCAACUCAGCUCCAUGUCUUUACUGCUUCUACUCAGGGUUGGAGCUCAAGAAGACAUGCCUAAUUCUCUCUGUUCAUGAAAACCACCUCCCACAUCCAGGCUUCCAGUGAGGUCCCCAUCCCAACUGGUCAGAAAGAGCAGAGCAGGACACAGGCCAGGCCCAUUCUCAAAGACCACCACGUUCAAGGGCUUAUGGCUUCCAUCUGUGGGGCCUUUGGCUGGUUCUUGGGGGCAGAGAAGACUUGCUCUGAUCACUCAUCAGUGGUCUCCCGGAUUUGGUGUCUGCUAUAUAACUCCUGGCCUUUCCCCUUAAAGGGCUUGGCUUUUGUAAAUCAAAAGUUGAUCAUAGACUUCUUUUCUCUCUGGCUCACGCCGUGCACGUAGGCCAAUUAACAGCUGCCUCCGUUGUCAUUUUCUGUUUGGGUUUGUCAGCAUUGUGAGGAGUCGGUUUUGAGAAGGUGAAAAGCUAUAUCAAGGGAAGAGGGAAAUAUCAGCUAAUGUAUUUUUUUUUUCAUAAAUGUUCUGUCACACAAAGGAUUUGGGUUACCAGGGUAAGGCAGAGACUUUGUUUCCAUUUUGAAGUUCUUUAUUAUGCAAACUUCAGGGGGCCUGGCUGGAGCUCAGAUGCCAGAAAAUAUCAGCUAGCUAUUGAUUUAUUUCCCAACAAAAGCUUUUGAGAAGGAGAGAUCUCCAGAAUUCCUGUAAGCAGCGUUGAAACAGCCUUAGAUAGGAACCCCCGGGCUCUGAGCCAGAAACUGUCACUGGAAAUUCCUCUUUCAGCCUCUCCUUAGAGGUGAAUGUUAAUAAAGACUCCCCAGGCACCAGUUGAGCUUCCGAGGCGUAGCUUUAAAGCUCAGAGAUGGCUUAGGCACUUGGAAAAUCUGGUUCAUGUCAUAAAGAACAUAGUUUAAAAAUGUUUUAUGUAGAAUCUAGUGCUGAGCGUACUGUGUUAAAGUUGGGGUUGGUCAAACUUGGUGUUGGUCACUUCUGUAGAGUCCUGGGCUCUAUUAUUUUAGAAUCUAGUCAGGUCUUUAAGAAUAUGUUGGGCUCUACAUUAAAAUAAUGCCCCUUGAUGUCACAUUGCACCUGUCUGCUUGCAGGUGCAACUCUGUAUAAUAUAAUUUACCAAAGCUAGACUUGUAGUACAACCCUCUUCCUUAGCUUUUCAGGGUUGUCUGACAUUUCCAUGAAAACGCUCAAAGGAAUUGACUGGUUUUAACUAAACUCUCAGGGAACAUUUAUCCCACGACUACACAGCCACAUCCCAAAGGAACAAACAAGUGUGACAAGUAAACCUUAAAUGCUGCUAUUCCAAAGAGCAACUUCAGGACAUUUUUUUUUUAACUUUGGGUGCAAGAAGUCAUCUGACUACUUAUGAGGUAAUUUUAAACUAAUGUGUGCCUUUUGACUCCAUUUGCUUUCUUAUCUACACUAGAUUGGUAAAUCUGCCUUUUUUAUUAUUUUUAUAUGACUUUUAAUUAA